GAUAUUUGUUAAGAAUGCAUCAAAAUUGGUGACAGAAAGGUCUAAUUUCAUCCCAAAACAUUACUUGCAAUACAUUGUGAGAUCUUUUUCCUUUCUAAAGCUGUACAGAUGUCUUUAUUUUCUCCAAAACAGUUAUAAUUUGGGAGCUCUAUUUCUGCAAAUUGGAAAUUUUGUUGACAACCUCCACACUUUUAGUUGAUUUACAUGUCUGUCUUUGAAGAAUUUAUCCAGGAAUUGAAAGAGGCAGUUUAUUGUCCUUUUCAAGACCAAUCUGCAGGCUGAAAUUGAAACUGAAAAGCACCAUCACUACAUCAGUUUGCAGCCUCAGAGAUGCUCUGCAAUGAGGGUCGCCAUGAUUUUGACCUCAUUGCUGCAGAGGUGACUGGCGCUGUCCUCUGUCGGCGUCUUUCAUGCUUCAUUGCCUGAAAAUUGUUGACAUAAGCCUUGUUAUUUAUCAACUCGGAAGAGUAGAUUAAUACAAAAGAAACUCUGCAUAAGAUACUAGGAUUUUAUUUCUACUCUGGAUUAAGUUCCCCCCAUUUAUCAUGCUUGUAUUGUGGGAACUACAGUGAUUAUUUCUUAGAUGGGAAGAACUGUAUACCCAAAAGCUUAAUCAUAUAAGGUUGGAUAUAAAUUAAAUGUGUAAUU